AUGACUCCUUGGAGCCCGGUCUGGACUCUGGGUGCGAGGGCGGGCCACGAUGUGCCCCUCAUGCUCUACCUCCUGGAUGAGCUGGGCUACCCCGACAUGGACGGCAUCAAGUCGGACCUCACAGAGGGCUUCGACAUGAUAGGGCGCAUUUGGCUGACCGGGCUGGCCUGCGCCAGGUGCAAGGGACCGCCGGGCUGGCCGCGGCGAUGUGUCCCUGCUGCCAACUUCCACGGGCUCCACCGCCUCAUCGACCCACCUCGUGAAUAUAUCGGCUCGGCUGGCCCAACAAGGCGAAACAGUCAGGCUCUGGGCAACGCCUACGCAGCAGCCCGGGCGGUCCCAUGUGGUCCAAGGGGUCCAGCUCAGCCUGGGACGCGACGGCGCCACGCGCUGACGGAGAGGCGCCUCAAGAAGAUCCUCGGCAUCAUUGAGGCGGCCACUCAGGAGAAUCGCCUCACCCCGGUGGGGCGGGCGGCGGUGGCGCCCAUUUACGCCAGAUCUGGCGCCCACUCGGGCGACAAAUCCGAGCUCACUCCUGGGCUCCAGGCCGCACUCCUGGCCAUUGCGGCGCUGCUGCAACAGGUCCCACCUCGCCUGGUACCAUUCACCGCCCCGCGGGCGGUCAACUGCAUGGUGUACGCCGACGCCUUCUUCUUGGAAGGCGAGCUCCGACACAAAGCAGGAUGGGUGCCAGCCAAUGCCCCGGUGGCACAUCACCACCGAAGCGCCAGCGGCUGGGGCUACGUCGUCCGGGUGGGCGACACCGCAUGGUAUGACUCCGGCUCAGUGCCGGCCUGGUUCGUGCGGAAAUUCGACACCAGGCGAGCCUACGAGGUCCUCGCUCAAAUCCUCGCAGUCGUGACCCUCGCCGACGUCCUGGGCGAGGAUUGGGUGGCCUUCAUAGACAACGCUGCAGGCCAGUGGGCGCUCAAUAAGGGCUACGGUCGAGACCCAUCAGUCAACGGCCUACUCUCCGCCUUCUGGUUCCUGGCGGCAAUGCAUUCAUGGAGGCCUACCUUCCAUCGAGUGACCUCGGAGGAUAACAUCGCCGACCCGAUAUCUCGGGCGGACUGCACCAUCGCCGUCCGCCUGGGCUGGUCCUGGUUCCUCACUAUCUCCGUGGCUUUCGUCGCAUCAGCGUUGUCACCACUGCUGGCCAAGUCCAUGCCUCUAAAGGCUGAAUACGACCUCUCUGCCCACGCCCAUGGCCAGUAUGCCGUAGUAAAGGGCCAACGACGCGUCGAUCUUGCUUUCACUUUACAGUUGCAUGCUGAGAAAUGCACUGAGUGGUCAGUGGGCAUGCUCAUUUGCCGCAUUGACACUGAGAAAGCUUAUGACGCAGUCUCCUGGAAAAUUGUUCAACAUAUGAAUGUCGCAAUUUCAUUGGCAAUGUGA